AUGACUACCAUUGCGCUUGCUCGACCAAUCCCGCCUCAUCGUCCCUCAUCUACCAUCACUCCGCCGCUAUCUCUCGAGAACAGCUCUGCCUCCAGUUCUUCGCAAUGUUCCGGUCCAAUUCCUAACAAACACCUUCCCAUAUGUCCUCCUGGACCCGCCUGUCCUGACGAACUCGAUACCCCGCCACCAUCACCACCAGCCCAUGAUCAACUACAACAAACCUCGACUCUGUAUCCCCUUGAUGGCUUUAAGCGAAUCGAUUCGGGUGAACUUUCUAUAUACGAGCUUGAUGCGGCCAAAGUUGCAGAGGCAGUUGAUGUUGCUUCACGUCAGCCAUUGCCCGACCCUGCGCUCGUCUUCCCUUGGUUCCAUGGCCUUCAUCCCCAAAACCAUGUCCAACAGUCUUUUUUUGCUGCCAGGCGACGUGCUUCGAGGCCAACUCCCUCUUGUAUCAGAGCUCUCACCCUCGUUAAAGCUGACGGAGAUCUGAAUUGCGCGCGACUCAAGGGUGCGAUUGCCCCCAACGAAAUCAUACAAGCCAACAACCCUGCCAGGUUUAUUGAGGCAGAUCCACGUGAGGGCUUUUCCGUCAGAAAUUUUCAGAUCCAAACAGUGAAAACAGCUGUGCUGUCGGACAUAAUUGUUUAUGGUCAAGAUUUGAACAAGACUCGCAAAGUGGCGUGGGAUAUUGCGAGCGCGCAGCAACUAUGGCGUGAGAAACACCAAAACCAAGGCGAGUGGAUGCCAGAGUAUCACACCUUUAUCUGCACAAGCCCGUUUUCUAGAUUCGAGGAAAGCCAAUCAGAGAUUGUGGCCGUUGAUGAAUCUGGUCAUCUGACGGGCAAUGUUCUCGACUUCUUUAGUCAGGAAAGGCGAGAGAUGUGGGAAAUGACGGAAGCAUCUGAGUUCUCCAAAAAUGUCUUUAUGGGUCCUACUCCCGAACAAGGGAGCCCUGAAGAACAGAAGUACGACAUUCUGAUUGAGUGUAGUGACCUUGGAAGACUGAACCCAUUGGCUCUUCAGCUUAUUGCUGAGAGUCCUGACAGUGAUCGCAAGCAGCGAUUCCUCGACUUUCCAUCGUCUGGCAGUAUUCUUCCACCAACGUGGUCGCACUCAGAAGCAGACGGCAUCCUCGAAACCUGUAAAUGGAUCUAUCAUCUGGCACAUGGUUCGUAUCCAGAACCUGAACCAGGUAUGAGCACAGAUAUCGAUGCAGACGGUGAUUCACCUAUGCCAUCCGAUCAUGAGUCCACUUUCGAGGUCAGGCCUCACAAGAUAUUGCUUCAUUGCGCCGACGGCUACACUGAGUCAACUAUGCUGAGCAUCGCCUACUUCAGUUACAGUACUGGGCGACCAGUUCCCGAGGCGUGGCUACAACUCCAUACAGAGAAGAAGCGAAACUUCUUUGCGUACCCAACAGAUGUUGCGCUCUUGACAUCAAUUACUCCGCGACUGCUCCGGGAAUCACCUGUUUGCAAGGGACUCAGCCUGACGGAUAUAACUCAGCUGACAAGGGACGAGCCAAGCUGGUUCGCCGCCUUGGACGGCUCCUUCCCGAGUCGCAUCUUAGACUACAUGUAUUUGGGUAACUUGGGACAUGCCAAUAAUCCCGAUCUCCUGAGAGCGCUUGGUAUUACUCAAAUUCUCAGUGUUGGCGAGAUAGCCAUGUGGCGAGAGGGAGACCUCGAGGAAUGGGGCAAGGAGAAUGUAUGCGUGGUACAAGGGGUUCAAGAUAACGGUAUUGACCCGUUGACCGAGGAAUUCGCUCGAUGCCUCGAUUUUAUUGAUCGCGGCCGACGAAAUGGCACUGCAACACUGGUGCACUGUCGCGUGGGAGUAUCUCGAAGCGCAACCAUCUGCAUUGCUGAGGUUAUGAGAUCAAAGGGGAUGUCAUUUCCUCACGCAUACUGCUAUGUCAGAGCCCGUCGUCUGAAUGUCAUCAUCCAACCUCAUCUUCGGUUCGCCUACGAGCUGUUGAAGUACGAGGAGGCGCUCCAGCAGGAUGGUGACCCUGACGCCGAGAUCAAGAGAACAUUGGAGUGGUCUGAAAUAGCACGAGAAAUUGCGCUUAUGAAUCGGCCAUACUCCCGUUAA